AUGGAUGAUGAUCCGGAAUACAUGGAUAUGAUGCAGAAUUCACAGGUGGAAAAAAUUUUAAAGGCCAGCAAGCAAAAGAAGAAAAACCAGAUUAAGCUGCUUUUAUUGGGAGCGGGAGAAAGUGGAAAGUCAACAGUGUUGAAGCAGAUGAGGCUUUUACACAAAAACGGGUUCAGCGAACAGGAGAAAUUGCAGUAUAAAAACAUCAUUUGGGCCGAUAUGAUUGGCUCAAUGCAAACGUUGAUUAUCCAGGCCAGAAAGCUCGGAAUUCGGCUAAACUGUGAUGACCCAGCCUCGGACUUGUAUCCAUACAAGCGGAAAGUGCUUGAGUAUAAGCCACUAGAAGGUGUGGAUACAUCGGCAGCUGGAGGAAUGUCGUUUUUGAAAAACUUCGUUAUCAAGUACAGCGAGAAUAGUGCACAUAAAAGAAGGCUCCGGAGUACGGGAAAGGUGAAUACAGGGUGGGAAGAGACUGAAGAAAGCGGAGAUAUGGAAACAAUCGGCUCGGCGACCCCCAAUAAGGAAAACUAUACCAAGAUAUCAGAGGAAGAAGAUGCAGGAGAUGGAGAUGCACAAACACUUCUCAAGGAUUAUAUGGAGGAGCUGAAUGGUACGACAACAGUAAACGGAUCAAUCCACAAGAAACCAAGAAGAAUCCGGAAAUACUCCAAGUACGAAAUAGCCGAGGCCAUCAACAAGCUCUGGGAGAAUGAUGAAGGUAUCAAGAAGUGCUUUGACAAGUCGAAUUUGUUCCAGAUAGAGGGUUCGGCACCAUACUUCUUCGAGAAGUCUAUCGAAUACGCAUCGGAGGACUACAGGUGUACGGAUGAGGACAUUCUCAAGGGCCGCAUUAAGACAACAGGCAUAACGGAGACGAACUUCAACAUCAAUGGAAUCAAGUUUCAGAUUUUGGAUGCGGGAGGACAGAGAUCAGAGAGAAAAAAGUGGAUGCACUGCUUCCAAGAUAUCACGUGCACUUGUUUUGUUUUGGCCGUUUCGGAGUACGAUGAGGUUCUAUUCGAGGAUGAAAGAGUGAACAGGAUGCACGAGGCAAUCAUGCUAUUUGAGUCUUUGUGCAAUUCACGGUGGUUUGCAAACACACCAUUCAUUCUUUUCCUCAAUAAGGUCGACUUAUUGAAAGACAAGGUGAGGCGGUCACCACUUAGAAAGUACUUUCCUGAUUAUAAAGGUAAAAGUAAUGAUGUUGAGGAUGUUCUCCAGUAUUUUGAGAAGUUGUUCCUUAGCUUGAACCAUACAAACAAACCCAUAUAUGUUCACCGGACAUGUGCUACAGAUACAAAAUCCAUGCAGUUUGUUCUUACUGCUGUUACUGAUAUGUUGAUUAGCCAGAACUUGAAGAAUAGCGGAAUAUUUUAA